UUCUAUAACAAAAUAAUCAUUAUAGUGUGGAUAUUUCAUUAAAGCAACGUAUUGGUUAAGUGAAGUGUAUAAGUUUUUGGGCAGGUAUUUUGAGCAAAAUGGCUUCAAAACAUGUUUUAAAAGUGUCUUCUAUUAAUGGUUUCUUGGAUAAUGACAACAGGACAAUAAAAAAGGGAGAAAAUGCGUUAGAAUCUAACCAUGUCAAGAAAAUGCAGUUUGACUCUAAUUUAAUGAUAAUAAGAGGGGAAAUAUUAGCCAGUAUGAAAAAUAAAAGCUAUAAUGUAGAAAUAGGUAUGAUUAUCUUAUCUACUUAUUAUACCGAGAACUGAUUUUUUCUUGUAGAGUUGAAAAAGUGUGGCGAUAUUCAAUCGGCAAGAUGUAAUUGUCCAAAAGGAAUAAAAUGUCAUCACAUUGCAGCUUUGGCAGUUUUUGGGCAUUACAAUAUCUCAGUAACAGAUAUAGCUUGUUUAUGGAAUGCCCCAGCUAAACCUAAGUCUGAGCCGGUCAGUGGCGGUUCCACUGUAGGAGCAC